AUGGUGGCUCAGGUGCUAAUAGGAUGGAGCAAGCCAGGGGAUUUGCUUGAGGCACCAUCGAUUGUUGAAUAUGCUUUGACAGUGUCGCUAUUGACGAAGAUAGGUAUAAAAAUGGUAGCAAUGCCCAUGAUGCAAGUUUCUAGGAAACUACUUGAUGAGUAUCAGGAGCUGGAACUUUCCACGGUAAGCGAUAUAAACGAGCUUGAAUUCGACAAUCAUGCGGAUCACAACGAAUCCCUUCUACCUUUCAGAGAAGGGUGUUUUGAUUCCCAAAACACAAUCCGAAGAAGAUGGUAUGCGAAUAUCAAUAUGAAACCAGGAUACGAGUAA